AUGGAGGGCGGUAAGGUUCAUUGGCUUGCUGUUGGAGAAGCGGAUGAACAUUGCACCAGGGCCACCGAUACAUUCUUUGGGACAAGCCGCAGAGGCCCCACCUCUGGUCUAGGGGUCGCCCCAGACCCCCGUGGUGGUGGUGAGCCCCCCGAGUUCUCCGACUCCGGCGGUGAUCGUUUUGUAAACGCUUCCCGAACCGCGCGCGCGCAGGUGCGUGCGCGCACUUUUCGUGAACGAGGAGCUCGUGCUUCGUAUAGAUCGAGAUGGGCUGGCGGGCACAGGGCGGCGUUGCCCCCUUCGGUCUGUCACAGGACUUGUCGCUGUACGGGGUCGUACCCGACUCCCGCAGGGGAAUCCAGAGGAACGUGGAGGAAGAAAAUGGCCGCCGUCAAAUGGGAGAUGACAAGGGCGCCGUAA